CGUCGUUUUGGCUGGGGGAAAGCCAAAAAAAAUUGAUUUUCGUCAGAUCAGGCAGUGGGUCCCACUCCCACGCCUGAUCACCAUUUCACUCACCCCAUCCCAUUUUUUUGCCCCAAUCACUCCCAUUCAACCCAUGAUUUUUUUUCCAAUCAUGAUUAAGGCCCUUUUUUUCUCAAUCAUCCCAUGAUUUUAUUUUUCACUCAUGGUUAAUGAUGCUUUAAGUCGUAACAAUGACGGCGCUUUGCUUCUUCAUGGGAGUUUCAUUGGAAGCAACCUGGCAAAACCUUCAAAAAGUUUUAAACAUCUAUAAAAACUUGAUGCUCCAAGUUUUCUGCAUCCAAACAUGAGAAUAAGUAUUGCUUAAUUUGACUAUUAAAUUUCAAACUCCUCAUUCUUUCAACGUGUUCAUUCCUCCUUCAUAAGACAAAGCUAAUCUCGAAUCAGAUCUAUCAUUUAACUGAGGAGGACAUGCCUUCAGUAAUUGCUCUAGUUGAUUGAUUUUGGCCUCCGUAAGUAGCUUCCAUAAUGUGCUAUAUGAUGUAAGACAUAUGAAAAGGUGUGCAAUUAUUGAUGAGCAAUCUGAAAUGGAAAGCGUUUUUUUGCAACCUGAGAAGAAGCGCGGGAAAGUGCAGCCAUCUCUGUCCAUUAACUCCGAGUACAUCAGUAGAAUAAUUGGUUGGUUAGGAAAUAAUGAGAUUAGCACCAUUGGCAUUCAUGGGAUGGGUGGAAUUGGGAAGACCACGAUUGCAAUAGAGCUAUAUACUCAGCUUCUGAACCAUGACAUUCUAGCUGCCUGGGUCUCACUGGGCAUUGAUUUCACAGUAUUCCAGUUGCAGCAAAAAAUUGCUAGUGCUUUUGGACUUGAUUUUCAAGAUAAUAAAGAUGUGAUUAGGAGAGCAUCGAUUCUAAAUGCCUUUCUAGUUUGUUCAGGAAAGUACAUACUCUUCCUUGAUAAUUUAUGGGGUGAUUUUCGGCCUGAGGAUGUCGGUAUUCCUAGGCAAUGUAAGUUAAUAUUAAUUUCUCGAUUGCUAGAUGUUUUUCGUAUCCUUCGCUGCCAAAAAGUCCUUAAGAUUGAGACACGCUCAGAGGAAGAGACUUGGCAGCUGUUUCAACAUAGCAUAGGGUAUGGUGUUUUAGAUUCCAAAGAAGUGCCCAGUUGUAAGAAGCUUGUAUAUCAUAAGUGUGCCGGUGUCCCUCUUGCUAUCACCACAUUGGCCAACAGCAUGCGAGGGGUAGUUGAUGCUUCUAAAUGGAGGGAAUUCCUUGAGACUGUAGAACCUACUCAAAACAUAGAAGUUUUCAGUCGAUUGAAGUUGUCUUAUGAAAGGUUGAAUAACAUCAAGCUCCAACGUUGUUUCUUGUAUUCUGCAGUUCACCUCAAAGACAAAAGUCUCUUACCUAGAGAAGAUUUGAUACGUCUUUGGAUUGGGGACAGGAUAAUUGAUGAUGUGCCAUUGUUGCAGGCACAAUACGACAUGAGCCAUACCAUAUUGAACAAGCUUCUCAACUCUUGUUUGUUGGAAAUUUGUCAAGAUAACAGGAGCAUUAAGAUAAAUGAUCUCAUUAGGUGUGUGGCUCUUUCCAUUCUUAGAGAUAGCAACAUGGUGAAAACAGGCAUUACCUUCAAAACGGGUGUUACGAGGGAAUCUUCAUGUUGUUUCCUUGAUAAAUUUCAUGGAGAUCGUGAUGUAAUUAGCCUGCCUUAACUCAAGCAGCUAGUUCUCACAAAGUUGCAUCAACUGAAAGUAUCUAUGGUGGUCAACUCGGCUGUUCUUCCCUUGGACAAUAAUAUUUAUGGACAGUGAAGCGCCUUUCGUUCUCUUGAAUGGAUGGUGAAGCUAGAAGAAACAAUCCCAUACUUUACACUACAUUGGAUUGAAGGACAAGAGACAUGUUGGGAUAAUUUAGACUGAGAUCAGUCCAAUAUAAAGCUUUGCCCGGCCCUAAAGUCUACCCUCUUCAAAUUGAGUGCAAGUGUUUGGAUGUUAAUUGGUUGACUUAGUCAUCUUGUUGCACGAAGCAUAAAACUAUCGUGCCUUUUAUUCUACUACAUGGAUGCUGGAGAAGUAUAGUCCCUUGAGAUAAUUCCUCAAGUUUAUAAAAGCAUUCAUGAUUGCUUAAAUCUUAUUCAAAGAAUAAGAUACCUUGCUUUGAUACCAUGUUAAAUAUAGUUAUCUAGCUCAACUGAAUUUCGAUCUAAAAUCAAUUGACAAUAGGAGUAGUCCUCUAUAUUCAUAAGGUGGUUUCUACGUGUUUUUCUUCCAUUGUAUAAUGGAGGGAGUUAUGGGAUCAGCCGGAAUCUAAAGCUUCCCUCAAAAUCCUCCAUGUACCAACCAUUCAAUUGUACUUUAGUGUAGAACUUUGUCACAAAAGAGAAGGAUAAAGAUGGAUAUCGAAACAAGAUGGCUUGCCAAUCUCUUCACAAAAUUCAAUUAAUAUGAGCUCAAAUCGAAUUCAUAAAUGGAGUCCAAAACGAACCCAACUAGAUUUAUGGAGAUGAUUUUGAUGUCGACUCGUCCUUUAGGAAAUUCUAUACUUUCUUGGAGCAGGAAGAUCUGAAGCCUAAACUGAUUUAAAUCAUUUGUAAAAAUAAUGUAAAUUUAUUACUUCUUUGACAUUUAAAACAAUUGGUCUUCUAAGAGACCUUUUACUUUAA